AUGCCCGUACUGUGGUCCAAUCUAAGCUCAGCGGACCUCAGUGUAAACGGCAUGGGAGAGGCGACCCCUGCUCAGUCUGCCGCGGGAGCGUUCGUGCCCAUGUUGGGUGUCGGUUUAGGAACUGUGCCCGGCGGGGUCGGCAGCGGGUCUGGGGUGGCCCCAUCCAGGGGCACCGCGGUGCCACAGCUGCACAACGCCAUAGUGGAGCGUCUGCGCGCCCGCAUAGAGCUGUGCAGGCGGCACCACACCACAUGCGAGAACCGCUACCAGAGGGGCCAGGCCGAGAGCUCGGACCGGGAGCACGAGAGCACGCUUCACCUGCUCAACAUAGUCCACCAAGGGCCCGGGACCCGGAAGGCAAAGGGCAGCCGGGGAUCGAACCAGCAACCUCCAGAGUACAGCAGGGCCAACGGGGAGCAGAAGGGCUCCGAGGGCGAGCAGAAGAUCAACACGCGCAUAGCGCUUCAAGGAUCUUUGCGAAGAAAGAUUGAGGGACACGCACCAGGACACGCACCAAAGCAGAAUGGGCUCUCCUGUGGUUUCUCUGGAUCCGACUUUAAGCGGGUCCGUGUGGAUACUAGUGGUCUGGGACACGGGCCCUGCAACCAUAACUUAACACAGUCUCAUUCUCUGCAAGGGUCCUCAACCAUGGGCAUGCAGAGGAAGAAUUACAUGAUGCCCCAUGGAGUGGGCUCAGACAUAUUCAACAUGACCCUGAAAGAAAUGAAAAAAGAGCCCAUUGAGGUCCAAUCUUGUGGCCAGUCGAACGCAGAGAUGAUUUUUGAUUUCAAAGACGAAGGUGGUGGUCAGAUUGACCCAGAGCUCCAGGAUCUUUUUGAUGAGCUGACAAAGACAGUGCCAACGCUGAACGACCUGGAGUUUGAGAAGAUGCUGAAGCAGGAUGAUACAUUCGGUUUGGAUCUAGGCCGGCCAAGCUCAGCAGGAGCAGCUGCCAGUCUGUGUUCCCCAAUGGAUAAGCCCAUAAAGAUGGAGCACUCCCCAGACUUUGGCCAGGUUCAUGUUGGCUCGCCGCAGCUUCGACCAGCCUCGGCCGGACCCUCUUUCACGUUGACCAGCACGUCUUCUACUGCCACGUCGCAGAAAACUAACACUCAGGCAGGACACCCCAGAGCAUUGCCCUGCUGGCCAGAAAUAUCCCACGCAGAGCAGCUGAAGCAGAUGGCAGCCAACCAGCAACAGCCAAGCUCUCUGCUCCAUCACCACCAUCAAACACCACCUGCAGGACUGACCAACUGGGCUCCUGCCAUGAGCACCCACUCCUCCACCAGCGCCUUCCCCCAGGACAAGGUCUCCAGCCCGGCCCCGCUUAGCCAGCAGAGGAUGGGCUCACAGAGUAAAGGGAUCAACAACUGCCUCUUCAAGUCAAAUGGCCACAAUGGCUCCCAUCAUUUGGACAUGAAGGUUCUCAGCACCAAGCCCACGUUGCACUUCAGCCCCAAAGCCCCCCAUUCUGCCAACCAACCGAUGCCAAUCAUGGCAGGCUCAGUGAACAAGACUUCAGGCCAGCAGCAGCAGCAGCAGCAGCAGCAGCAGCCACCAUCGACUGGCCAGAAUCAGCCACAUUCAGCUCUCCACUUCCAGAACCAACAGAUCUCCACAUCAGGUGCUCUUUGUCUGCAACCCAAGCCGGUUCCCGCAGGGCUACCAUUCAAACUGUCACAACAACGACAGGGUGUUCCUCCUGGUCCGAGGCUCCCCACCAAUGGAAGCUUAGGAGUCCUGUCAGCCCAGUCCCAGCCACGGCCCCCAGCACCCAACAACCAGCAGAAAGGCCCGGCCAAAAGUCAGGCCAUGCAGAGACAGCUUAAUCAACAACAGCACACCAUUGGCAAUUCAGACAAAGACAAUGCACAUGAUCAGUUCAAUCGUCAUCUCACAAGACCGCCGCCUGAUUACAAGCAGUCGAGAAGUAUGGUGGGAGUUCAGCAAGGAAACAUCUUCACAGGUUCAAACUCAUCCCAGUCUUCCAGCAAUGGCCCUGAGAAUGACCUCCAGUCCAUGCCUUGUCAACUCCCCAGUGGGUCUGGUCCAAAGAUGAUUCCUUCACCAUCGGACCGCAGAUUUGGUAUCAGGACCGAUUGCCGUCCGAGUUCUUGUAUCGGCCCAUUCCAGCAGCAUAACAAUCAGAAUCGAAUUGGACUAAAUCAAAAUAAAGCUAGGUUCCUGGGGCCGAGCACGCAUGGAAAUUCUUUUGGGAUGAACAAUGUAGCAGGUGUACAACACACAAGAACGACAGCUGACCUGCAUUCCUCAGGGGUACCAGGACAGGCUCUCGGAGGCUUGAUGAAAAAUGUCAACAUGGGCUGGGGCUCAGCCAACAAGCAAGUGACAACUGGACUUGGUGUUAGGGGGAUACUCAAUCCUCUACAGUCUCAGGGGGCGCAGCUGGACAUGCCAAACCAUCCGUACCAACAGAGGCAUAUCGGCCCUCCCAACCAGUUAGCACCAGACAUUGGGAUGCUCCCUCUUAACCCUUCGAUGAGAGACACAGGCCCACGCCCAGGACAGCCAAUGAUGGGGUCUCCAUCAGCAGUGGGAAACCUGAACCAGGCCUCUCCUGAACAGAGGGUACCAGCAGGCAACUUUGCAGAGCCCAGUCCCAGCUCGAGCAGCUACCAGAAUAACCGGGCCAACCGACUGACCUUUGACUUCCUCCCCGAGGGAGACAACACAGUUCCAGGGAUCAACACAGACUCAGACUUCAUAGACUCUCUCCUCAAGUCGGGCUCUGGGAAUGAUGAUUGGAUGAAAGAUAUAAAUUUGGAUGAGAUUCUGGGCAGUCACUCUUGAAUUUGGGUCACAGAUUGCUAAAAAUCAACCCGCUACUUAAAGUAUAGAGGUUAUGGAUGUAAGGUGCAAGGGGUAACAUUUGUAAAUAAUGUUAAAAUGGAAUUUUAUAAACUCAUAUUAUUUGUUAUCCAAGUAUACUGUAUUGUUUUGUAUUGCAUUUACUGUGAACUGAAUUUGUGUUCUGUCCUUAGUACUCUGCAUAUUUUAUUCCUGGUAUAUUGGCCAAGAAAUAACUUUUCUUUGCAGUUACAUUUUGUGUGGUCUGUUUGUCAUACUCAUGCUGUAGUGCUGUCGUAUAGGAUACAAUACCAAAUUCACACUGUGAAAAGAAAACAUCGCUGUGUUGCUUUCAAGUUCAUCUUGGUAUUCCAAGUUAAGUUUCUAAAUCUGCAUCCACUAUUUAGCAUGAUACGGUAUUUACAAUCAGACGUUUUGCUACCAUACACAGAAUCUUGCCACGACAAAUGUUUUCUCACUUAUUGUUUAAGCGUUUUCAUCUGUGGUAGUUUUUGAUGCAAUUUAAGUAAUGUAACCAUUCUUUUUUCAUGUGGUAUUUAAUAACUAUUGGGAUAGUAAUGAGACAUUAUAAUACAUGUAAUUAAUAAAAUGAUUUGAAAA